UUGCAUGGAUUCCUUUCUCCCUCUGCUUCGUCUUCCUCUCUAUCUUUCUCUCCAUAUGGAUUUAGGAACAGAGAUCAAACCAGACACAAGACAAGAAGAUCAGAGACAUGUCCUUUUUGAAGAUAACUACCCUGAACCUCUUAGAUACAACACAUGGGUUUUGCGAGUUUCUAUCCAUUGCGAAGGUUGCAAAAGAAAAAUCAAGAAAAUACUAAGCAAAAUCGAUGGAGUAUAUACAACAAACAUCGACGUGAAGCAACAAAAAGUAACGGUGAUCGGAAACGUAGAGCCGGAGUUUUUAAUCAAGAAGAUCAUGAAAGCCGGUAGACACGCCGAGCUAUGGCCAACGCCGCCAAUGGAUAACAACAACGAUUGUAAUUAUCAGAAGAACGCAAGAAAUGAAGAAACAAGUGGCGACGAGGACGACGAAAACAACAACAACGGCGGAGACGGCGGCGGUGGUAGUGGUGGUGGUGGAGGUGGAGGAGGAGGAGGAGGAAACUGUGAUCAGGUGAAACAAGUUGUGACGUUUGUGAACGGCCAACCUCAACCUCAAGGUGAUGGAGCUCCGAAGAAGAAGAAGAAAAAGAAAAAGAAGAAGAAAAGCUUAGGGAACACGACGGUUGUGAUGGAAGGAGGCGGUGGCGGUGGCGGCAGUGGUGGUGGUGGUUGUGGUGGUGGAGGUGGUCCGCCGCAAAACGAUGGACCACCGGAGACAGUGAUAUACUCUGCUCCACCAGAUCAUCACAUUAUACAUGGACAUCCUCCACAUUUUCAUCAACAGCAACAGAAUCCGUAUCCGACGGUUCACAGUCCUCCACGUCAUCAUCCACAACAAACGUACAGUCCAGGACCGCCGCCCCCUUCGUUUUAUCAGACGCAGCAGACUCAAACGGCGCCGUCUUACACUGUGAGUUACAACACGGCGCACGGGAUGAGUAACGGUGGGAACGAGACGGCGUCGUAUUACGCGGCUCCUGGUCCUAUUCAUCCGACGUCGUAUUAUUCUUACGAGUACGUGGACACGGGAUACGAAUCUCCACCGCCCGAAUUUUAUUCGUAUAGAUCUCAGCCGUCGGAUUCGUUUGAGGCACUCAGUGAAGGGAACCCAAACUCUUGUUGCGUAAUGUGAUUAGAUUGGUUUGAUUAGUAGCAAAUUGACGUAAUUGGGUUUCAAGUGGGCAUCUUGUAAAUUGCCGAACAUUGGGUUAUUAGAGGGGUAUUUGCGUAAACAAAAAAUAGUAGGUUAAAUUAUAUAUAUACCUUGAAUAAAAGAUACUCGGCAAAAUGAAAAAUUUACAUA